AUGCAUCUGUCCUGUUUGAAGCUGAUUGCACGACCUUUUUUGCAAGCACCGCCCUUGAUUGUUCAGCCUUUGCGCUUCAUCAUGGAUCUGAAAGACCUUGUUACUUCCUUAAAUGAUUUUGCUUCACUUUCCCUGGCUGAAAGUUGGGAUAAUGUGGGGCUCUUGGUUGAGCCAAGUCCUCCUCAUAUUGUCAAUACCCUUUUUCUCACCAAUGAUUUAACUGAAGAUGUGAUGCAGGAAGCCCUAGAGAAGAAAGCAAACCUCAUUCUUUCUUAUCACCCACCCAUUUUCCACCCACUGAAACGUAUAACUUGGAAAACAUGGAAGGAGCGUCUGGUAAUCCGAGCCUUGGAAAACAGAGUUGGCAUUUAUUCUCCUCACACAGCAUAUGAUGCUAUACCUAAUGGAGUCAAUGACUGGCUUGCUACAGGACUGGGCGCUUGUACUUCUGUUCCUCUGAAACCGGCUACAGCUUCCACUUACCCUGUAGGUGGGCCUUUCCGGGUUGAAUUCAGUGUAGCUUCUGCUGAAAGUCUGGAAACGGUUUUAUCCCAAGUCCAUACAAUGCCAGAGGUGUCACUCACUGCAACUCAACCUGCCAG